AUGAGAUUUAGCGCUCUUGGACUCGUUGCCGCUCUGUUGAGCCAGGUUCAGGCAAGUCCUGUCGCACGAGCAUCAAAGACACCUUACUUCUUCCUCAUCGGUGACUCUACCGUGGCGGUAAACGGCGGUUGGGGAAAUGGACUUCUAGCCUACCUGAAGGAUCCAGCCAAAGGUGAGAACAGGGCCGUGAGCGGAACCACCACCGUCUCCUGGAAAGCCAAUGGAAGAUGGGACGAUCUUAUUAAAAGUGUCGAGUCCAACGCCGCCAACUAUGAACCAAUCGUGACUGUUCAAUUUGGCUACAACGACCAAAAGAGCCUUACCCUGGCCCAGUUCACGUCGAACCUUGAGUCCAUUGCCACCGAUAUCCAGGGGGCUGGCGGAACUCCCAUCUUUAUCACCUCCCUCACUCGCCGUAACUUUGACGGCGAUGAGGUCAAACAAGACCUCAAGGACUGGAGAGAUGCGACCAUCACCGCUGCCCAGGCCGUUGGCAUCCAAUACCUCGACUUGAACACGGCAAGCACCAACUACGUUAACGCCAUCGGCGAAGAGAAUGCUAUCAAGUACAAUCUUACUCCUGAUGAUCGAACACAUUUGAAUCCUGCAGGCGAGGCCGUCUUUGGUCGGAUGACACUUGACCUUUUGUUGCAGGCACGCGGGGAUCUCAAUGCAUACUUUGAACCCAACGAGGCGUUGAGUGAAAGAAUUGCCAACGGUGAAUAUGCCACAGGGGAUGAGUGA